AUGGCGCAGCCCAACGCGCCCCCCCCGUACGACGACAAGAACCCCCUGUACCCCCCGCCCCCGGGGGCCUACCCCCAGCCCCCCCACUACGGCGGGGGGUACCCGCAGCCGGGGGGCUAUCCGGCGCCGGGGGGGUACCCGCAGCCGGGGGGCUACGCGGCGCCGGGGGGGUACCCCCAGCCGGGAAUGGCCAUGCCCGUGCGGUUCGGUGACGGCUAUGGAGGGGAAGGCAUGGGGGCCGGCUCCCCCUUCCAGGCGGCCGACUGGGACGACAAGAAGGUCCGGCACACCUUCAUCCGCAAGGUCUACGCCAUCAUCUCGGUGCAGCUGCUGGUGACGGUGGGGAUCAUCGCCGUGUUCACCUUCGUCUCGCCCGUGCGCUCCUUCGUCCAGAGGAACGUCGCCGUCUACUACGCCUCAUACGCCGUCUUCCUGGUGACCUACCUGGUGCUGGCCUGCUGCCAGGGGCCCCGGAGGCGCUUCCCGUGGAACAUCAUCCUGCUGAGCAUCUUCACGCUGGCCAUGGGGUUCAUGACGGGGACCAUCGCCAGCACGUACCGGACCAACGCUGUCCUCAUCGCCAUGCUCAUCACCGCCAUCGUGGCCAUCGUCGUCACCCUCUUCUGCUUCCAGACCAAGGUUGACUUCACCUCGUGCCCGGGGCUCUUCUGCGUGCUGGGCAUCGUGGUCAUGGUCACGGGGAUUGUCACCGCCAUCGUCCUCUCCUUCAAAUACGUCCCCUGGCUCCACAUGCUGUACGCGGCCAUCGGGGCCAUCGCCUUCACCCUGUUCCUGGCCUACGACACGCAGCUGGUGCUGGGGAACAGGAAGAACACGCUGAGCCCCGAGGAGUACAUCUACGGCGCCCUCACCAUCUACACCGACAUCAUCUACAUCUUCACCUUCCUCCUGCAGAUCGUGGGCCGGGACUAAGCCCCC